AUGUCCUCCCGCCUCUCAAAUCAGCUGGAUGUGUCAGGUGCCGACCAGCAGCAGAUGCUGAAGGUCUACUUGAGAGUUCGACCUUUCUCCAAGGAGGAAGUCUGUGACAACGAGGAUCAGGGCUGCGUAGUGAUUGAGAACAGCCGGAUGGUGGCGCUACAUGCACCAAAGGGCUCUGCCACUACAUCGAACAGUGGGAAGGGCAUUGGCUUGCCAGUCAACAAGUUCUCUUUCUCUCAGAUUUUCGGACCGGAUACAACGCAGGCUGAGCUAUUUGAGGGCACCGUCAAGAGCCACGUAUCUGAAUAUUUGGAUGGAAAGACUACCUUGUUAUUCAGCUAUGGUGUGACAAAUGCUGGGAAAACGUACACAAUACAUGGGACUCCGAAGGAGCCAGGAAUACUACUGCAGGUGCUGGACACCAUCUUCCAGCACAUUGGAGGACGUCAGUAUGCUUGUAUGGAUCUUAAACCACACCUUGGGAAUGAUGUCAGGUGUCUGAGCCCUGACCAGGUCAAGCAGGAGAGGACCAUUAAAGCUGCUAUUUUUGCUUCAUUCAAAGAGGAGUGUGAGUCUCUCAGGUUCAGUAGCCCUUCAGAGUCUGCACCGUCCCACCUGCCAACAGUGGAGUCGGUGAGCCAAGCAGAGCCAAGUGGCGUUCAGUUUGCUUUGUGGGUGGCUUUCUUUGAGAUCUACAAUGAGUGCGUGUAUGACCUGCUCCAAGCCACCUCCUGCUCAAAACUCAAGAAGCGCAGUGCCCUGCGCGUGUGUGAGGACAGCGAUGGGAACACGUAUGUUCGAGGUCUAAAGUGGAUCAACAUCCAAAGUCUGGAGGAAGCCUCUAAACUGCUGCGGUUUGGAAACAAAAACCGCAGCGCUGCAUCUACCAAGCUGAACCAGUCUUCGAGCAGGAGCCACAGCAUAUUCACUAUGAAGUUACUGAAGAUCGAUGGCACCACUGUUCAGAGGAUCUCUGAGUUCUCUUUGUGUGAUCUAGCUGGCUCUGAAAGAUGCAACCGAACGAAGACGUUUGGAGAAAGGCUGAAGGAGGCGGGGAAUAUUAACAACUCUCUUCUCAUUCUGGGGAAGUGCAUCACAGCCCUCCGCAACAACAAGACUGACAGGACGAAGAACAGCUACAUUCCUUUCAGAGAAAGCAAACUCACCAAACUCUUCCAAACUGUUUUGUGCGGGAAGGGAAGCACCGCCAUGAUUGUCAACAUCAACCAGUGUGCUUCCACCUACAAUGAGAACGUGCAUGUGAUGAAGUUCUCUGCCAUUGCUCAACAAGUGGUCCCGGUGAUUCCCACAGAGUCUCUGGCUCCCCGUCUGGUCGGUCGUGACGGCAAACCCCUGGUGAGGAACGGGGUGAUUGACAGCCAGGCCCUGGAGAGCUACCUGUCUGAAGAAGAGCUGUUGGAUGAAGAGGAUGAGACAAACAUGUCCAUCAUGGCCCAGGAGGAGCUUCUGAACGUGAUCGAAAAUCUUCGGGCAAAGCUGCUUGUUGAGAGGAGAAAAAACCUGGUCCAGGAAAUUGAGAUUCGCAAAGAAAUGGGAGAUGCCAUGUUACAGGAGCUAAUGGAGAGUGAGGAGCUCCGCAGUCGACAGAUUGCAGAACUGAAAGAGAGCUACGAGGAGAAGCUGGAGAAUACGUUCGAGAUGUACAAGGAUGCAAUCAAAGAGCACGCCUACCAGUGUGCUAUGAACAGCAUAGAGGACAACUACGUUCCUCUCGAUGAGUUCAUCGUCGAGCAGGAGAAAGUAGAGGUGCUGAGAAGCAAGCUGUCGGAGAUGGAGAACAUUAUAUCGAGUAACAGAACCAGUCCAUUACCAGUUCCAAUGCUGGACCAGUCUAUCCAGACACAGAUCACUAUACACCCAGGUAUGACUGAUCAGCUAUGUGAACAUAUUUACAAAGAGAAGUGCGAAAUGGAAGAAAUUUGUCAGAAACAGCUGAUUGUUUCUCUUGAGGAAAAGCUGCUGAAACUGAGUGAAAAGCUGAAGAAGGUCAAAGAUGACUACCUGCAGAAGUCGGCGGAUAUGGAGGUCCUGCUGAGGAAAAACAAUGAACAGGUCAAAUCCAUUGACGACCUUCAACGAGAAAAUGCGGCCAAAGACAAGGCGAUCGCCUUACUUAGGGAAGAACUUGAAAUUGCCAAACUAUCUGAAAUGUCACCUGUGCAGCCCAAAGCCAAACGAGGCCUCCUGGCCAACAUCAGAGAGUCUGUCACCUCUCCGGGGAAGAGCGUCAUCAGUCGAACGCUGAGGAAGACAGUCAAAGAAAAGCCACUGCCAAAGAAAAACCUCAAGAGUUAG